AUGAGUGUCAAUGGUUCCAUCCGUUCCUCGGCAAACUCGGCCAACAAGAAGCAACAGCAGCAGCAACAACAACAACAAUACAACCAAUCAAAUAGCACCGAUGAAGACUCUGACGAUGGAGGGUACACUGAAGGUCCCGCACCAAGCCAGCAGUCCAACCACACGACACGAGAGGUUCUUUCCUCAUCUACAUCUGCUUCACCAUCUUCAUGUUUGUCAGACAACCCUACACCAAACUCUUCCAGUGUUGCCUCUGCUCAUAAUUAUGGUACAUCGACUACAUCUACUACCUCUUCUUCUUCUUCGUCCUCUGCAGCAGCCGCCGCAGCCGCACUUGCCAAAAAGCAAAAGAAAAAGAGACAACAGUUGUUGGCCCAGCAACAACAACUGCAGCAACAACAACAACCAACUCAAUCACCGUAUGGCCAAUACCAAGAGCAACAGCAAUACUAUGGUGGAGGUGGAAGUGGAUCAUCUUCAGUCCAAUCGUCUUCACCACAUUUUGCCAGCUACCAACAAUACUAUUCACAGGUUUACCCACAUGCACCCCAAUCACCACUUGUAUAUCCAUCAACGCCCAAUUCCUCCUUUAUCAACCAAAUCUCGACCAACCCCACUUUGAUACCACUCCCCCUUUCACUGUCACAUAAUCCUUUUCCAACAUCCCACUAUCAACACUACGCACCUUAUCCCGCCUCAUUGGAGGGCACACCAAUGACCUACUCUCAUACUACAUCAUCUUCGUCGUCAAACUCGACGUCUGCGUCUGCUUCAUACCAAGGAGGAUCGUCGUCGUCGUCUUCGUCUACAUCGUCACACCAAACCCCAUCCUCACCACCACACUACUCGUCUGUAAAUCCUUCGCCUACCCAACCACCAAUCCCACUUUUACCAUUCCAAAGCAGUGCUGCCGCACCAACUCCCAACAAUAACAAUAACAAUAACAAUAACCAAACAAGCGAAUACAAUUCACCUCCACCAUCAACACCUCCAACAAAUCAAAAUAAUAAUAAUAAUAAUAAUAAUAAUUCUACCGAGGACGACCAUCAUCAUCAUAAUAAUCAUCAUCAUCAUCAUAACAAUAACCAACAGAUUCAACACCAAACACAACAUCAACAACCUAUUCAACCGAUGCCACAACCACCACAACCACCACAACCACCACAACAACAAGUUUAUCAACAUCAUUCUUAUUUCCCCAAAUCAAGAAAACCAAUGCCACAACACUUCCAUCCAUCACAUUAUCUCGCACAUCAUGCCCAUCACCCAAUUGAUUCUGGAAUACCAUCGCACUUUUCACCGGCAGAGUCACACCUCUCACAACUCGACUUUAAUAGCCACUUUAAUUCCAACAUCGACUCUAAUUCUAUGACCCCAAUGGCUCCAUUCACUCCAACCCUCCAACUCCCCUACUUUCCAAGUCCCUUGUACAGUUUACCCAACCUUACACCUCAACACAUUGAAAGUAUGAUUGAUGAGAAUCAAAUCCCAGUUGUUGCCAACAAUCAAUCAUCUCUUUUACCUCCACCACCCCAACACCACGGCCAUCCGACUCAACAACCACCACUAACACCACAACAACAACAACAGUCACCAAUGUACAACAACAACAACAACAAAUCAUACCUCUACUAUCCAUACACUACACCAUCCUCUCAACACCAACAAUCCCAAGUCCUUUUGCAACACCAACAACAUCUCCAACAACACCAACAACUACUCCAACAAGAACUGGCCAAGCAAAACCAUGUCGUUCAUUUACUAGAACAAAAUCUUCAACAACAACAACAUGUAGAAGAUUCACCCUCUGGUGAUGCUCAACCAGGUGCAAAGAGAAAGAAAUCAAUUGGUAAAAAGAAGGAUAGCAGUGUAGUAGAGGUGACUGAAAAGAAAAAGGGUGGUAGGUCCGCAGCAGGAGGUAUAGGUAGCCCAAAAAAGCGUCAAAAGAAUAGUAACAUUCCAGAUGAAGCAGUUGACAAGAUUCAAAUGGUCAACGAAUACUCUUCUUCUAGACACAUUGAUGAAGAGAGUAGUGAUUCUGAUAAUAAUAAUAAUAAUAAUAAUAAUCAUAUUCAAACUCAUUCUAUGGAAAUGAAUUAUAAUUAUAAUGGUUAUCAACAAAUACCACCACAACACCAAUAUUAUCAUCCACAACAACAACAACAGUCAUUUUCAAAAUCACCCGAAGAAUUGACUUCAUCAUCGGAUCAUCAACAAAACUUUUAUGGAAACCAAAAUAUUAUUCCAACGCAGAGUCACCAAAUCCCAUACCAAAAUGAUAGUAGUAGUUCACCAAUUGUUAAUAGUAAUCAUCAUCACAGCCACCAUCAUCAACAACACCAAUUGCCACCACCACCCCCUCAACACCACCAACAUCACAGCCACCAUCAUCACACCGAAACUAUGGAAUCACCCGAAGGAGGACACAUAAUCGUUUCUGCCAACCAACCCAGAGUUAGUAUAAAUGAUUAUGUAAAGACUAGUGCUGCCAGCAAAUAUCCAACCCCAAACCAUGUGGAUAUCAACCUUCCAUAUUACAAUGAUCAUGCAGUAAGAAGCCGUAUUGAUCUUUGUAAAGUUUGUUUAAGUGGCGACGUUCCAUCUGUCGUUGGAAAGUCAUUUGUUCCAUCAACCUUGAUAUGUUGUGUAGAUUGUGGUGAAGUGUUUCAUACAUUUUGUAUAGGUCUGCCUGAAGAGGUUGCCAGUGUCAUUGAUAGAUUGACAUGGAAAUGCGCCGAUUGUAAAUGUUGUUCUGUUUGCAUGGCUUUGGACAAUGAAGAUUUAUUAUUGAUUUGUGACCGUUGUGACCUAGGUUUCCAUACUUAUUGUGCUGGUCUAGAUGCACUGCCAGAGGAAGACGAUUGGGUUUGUCCAUCUUGUUCAAAGAUCCAGAGCAAUGGUGAUGAGCAAGAUGUCAAAGUGGAAACUGUCAAGGAGAAAUGGCUUCUUAGACCAACCAAGGAAUCACAAAAGCCACCAGUACCUGCACGUGACCAAUUGGCUGCUUGUCUUUUAUGUCACACCAAAGGAAAUAUGGGUGUCCAAGGAAGAUUGUUGCCUUUGGAUCAUACACUCGACAAGUUUGUCCAUCUUUAUUGUAUAUAUUGGAGUAGUGGAAUAUUUGUAUCAGAGGAUUCCAUUCUCAUUCACUCUAACAAUAUCAUCCAAUAUGCAAAGAAAAUGAAGUGCAGUCUUUGCAACAAGAAUGGUGCCUCAAUUGGAUGUAUUGUUCAAACGUGCGAAAAUAUUUAUCAUUUGGAGUGUGCAAUCAAAAACAAAGGUAGAAUACAUCCAGACGAUAGAACUCUUAGAUGUCAUAAACAUAUUGUAGAAUUGGAAAAACAAGAAAAACAACCCAAACAAAAAGUAAAGAUUGAAAAAGUUAAAGUUGAAAAAGAUGAAGAAGAAAAACAACAACAAGUGUCCCAAGAAUUUACUGCAAUAGUAGUACAAUCAAAUCAAUUCAAAGAUAUUAAGCAAUGUUUAAAUCAAUUUGAAAAUAGGAAAAUAUUUUUGGAAAGUUUUAUUGAUAGUACUCAUGGUGAUAAAUUUAUUGAUAUUGAUUCAUCAAAUGAUAUGUUAAGAUUUGGAUCAUUAUUAUUAUUAAAUUUAGGAGAAAUUAUAGAUGAAAAUCCAUUAUUUCAUUCAGUGGAUCAUAUUUAUCCUUCUGGAUACAAAGCAAUUAGAAGAUAUUGGAGUGUUUUUGACGAGUACUCUAGAAUUGAUUACCUUGUUGAAGUGUUACAACAUGGUAAUGUACCAAUCUUUAUCAUUGUACCUAUUGAAUGUCCAAAUUCGAUAGAUGAAAAAGAAAGAGCCAAAUACCUCUUUUAUGGAACAUCUUUGACUCAUGUUUGGAGUCAAUUUAUUACUGCAGUCAAUCAAGUUCGUUUGAAUGCACGUAGAUCAAUCGUGAUGCCUGUAUCUACAUUUUUUGGAUUCAAUGAAAAAAGUAUAGUAUCGAGUUUGGAAAGCAUUCCAGAGUCUAUAAAGUGUAGAUGGUACACUAGAAAACAUAUUUUGGAUACCAAAGAUUUGGUAGAACAGUUGGUAUUGAAGAGUAAAAGUUUACUUGAUGGAUGUGCAAGAACUACGGUAUUCAAUCGUAAAACACCAAUACAAACAACCAGUGGUAAUCCAGCCGACACUGAAAGAGAAAGAAAGAUAAUGAUAGAACGAGAAAGAUUAAAAUCCGAGAUUAUAUCAUUCAAGACUAGAGAAAGAACCAUUGCAUUGUUGACAAAGAAAAUACAAUCUGUAUACAGUAUGGAAAAGAUUAAUCAAAUUGGCAUUCCAGGACUAAAAGAUGUGCUGGGAUUCUCAACAAAUAGUGGUAUCCAUAACCACUUGCUGUCUGACAAUGCACAGUAUUUGUUAUUAAAAGGUGAAGAUUCUCGGGUUGUCGUCAAACCAUCUUCCAUCCAUUCUCUGGGUGCAUUUGCAAAGAAAUCAAUUGUAGCUGGAGAGUUUAUAAUAGAGUAUGUCGGAGAAAUCAUUAGACAGAAAAUAGCAGAUGAAAGAGAAAGAAAGUAUCAAAACGAUGGUGUAGACUGUUUUAUGUUUGCCAUUGAAAAGGAUGUUAUUGUAGAUGCAACAUUCAAAGGAAAUAGAGCUAGAUUUGCAAAUCAUAGUUGUGAGCCAAAUGCAAAAACCAAGAUUAUAUCUAUUGAUGGAGUUAAAAAGAUCAUUAUAGUAGCAAGUAAAGAUAUAGCCAAAAAUGAAGAAAUCACAUACGACUAUCAAUUCCCUAGAGAAAAGAUGAAGAUUAAAUGUUUAUGUCAAUCUACAAGAUGUAAAGGUUACCUUAAUUAA